CAGGAGGAGGGAAGCCAGGCGCAGGUUGCCAGAAGUUCUCCAACCAGAGUGUAGCAAGAAGGAGAGUCAGGACCUGGGAGGGAAGGCAGGGCCACCUGCGCCUCAGAGGCUGCCUUCCUCCCUUCCUUCCUCCCCACCAGCCCCAGCCUCUCCCUAUAUCUGCCCCCAGCCAGGCAGCAGCAGCAGCAGCCCCAGAAGAGCCCCUCAGCCCAGCCCUGGCGUCAGGUGCCGGGGGGAGAAGAAAGCGACAGCAGCAGCACCUUGACUGUUCUCAUUCUUAGCAGCAGCAGAUUUGGAGGAGGAGGACCUGCAGCCUUCCUGGUGCUUUCCCUGGGCGCCCAGGGAGCAAAGUAAGCUGCAUUGAGAGCUCUGGAGGAGGAAGAGGAGGAGAAGGAGGAAGAAGAAGAAGAUGGCGGAGGCAACGCGGACCUCUCCCCGAGCCUCAGCUGUGGAUGGAUUCUUGAAAACUGAUGAAAGGCAAAGACUUGCUAGAGAAAGAAGAGAAGAAAGGGAAAAAUAUCUCGCUGCCAGGGAACAGCAAAUCUUAGAAAAAGAAAGGCGAGCAAAGCUUCAAUAUGAAAAGCAAAUAGAAGAACGAUGGAGAAAACUGGAGGAGCAGAGGCAGCGGGAAGAGCAAAAAAGAGCAGCUGUUGAAGAAAAGAGAAGACAGAAGCUCAGAGAAGAAGAGGAACGAUUAGAAGCUAUGAUGCGGAGGUCCAUGGAGCGAAGUCAGCAGCUAGAGCAGAAACAGAAAAGAUGGUCGUGGGGAGGAGCACUGGCUGCAGGCUCAGGAGACAGAGAUGGUGAAUCAGAAAAUACCCCACCCCCUGUAGGUUUAGCUGCCAACACCCCUCCUCCAGACCCUCUGGCCUCAACUGCUGCAACUGAUUCCUCCAAUGCAUGUGACAAACUUUCAGCUUCUACAAUGAAUCUUCCAAAGCAAAUGGAGUCGCCUAUCAAUAAGCGCCUCUCCUCCUCCACAGCAACAAUAACACAUUCCCCUGACAGAGCUCAUCGCAUGCACCUUAGUCCAAUGGAAAACUUUAUUAUUUCUCGACUACUGACUCCCACACAAGCUUCUUUAGCCAGAAGCCGAAGUACAUUAAUGCUUUCUGAGCAAUACAAUGAUCAAGUAUUCCAUAUCUGUCCUCGUGUAGCACCAGCUAGCCCUCUUAAAUCUCCUUACAAGCCUUCCCCCACUCGAAGUAUGGAGAGAAAGAAGGCAGCUUCUGCUUCCUCAUCAGAUGCAGUGAAGGGAGCAAGUGCAGCUGAAUUCUCACAGAAUGAGAAGAAGAAGAAAGAGAAACGGCCCACAACACCUGGUACAUCAUCUGGUUUGGGAUCUCCCCUUAGAAGAUCUGACUCCCCUGCAGCCAUGUCUAAACGAUCAGCUUCACCUGCAACUCCAAAGGCAGUCACAAAGACGUAUCCUCAGUCUCCAAAAACUGCUAAACCAUAUCCAGCUUCUCCUGUGAAACACCGCGUCUCUUCAAAUCUGAACCAAGAAACACCCAAAAAAAGGGCAGAAAAACAUAAAGAUAAUCAAAGGGAGAAUACUAGUCAGAAGGCCCAAACAUCACCUGCUGAAGAGGCUAUAAGCUCACCUAUCACUGAAAAAGUUGUGCCUUCUUCUGGAAAGAUAGAAAGCAAUGAAGGGAAACUUACAGCUGGGACAACAGAUGCUGAGGAAGCUACAAAAAUUCUAGCAGAGAAGAGACGUCAGGCUCGUCUCCAGAAAGAACAGGAGGAAAAAGAAAGGCAAGAAAGAGAAGAGCGUGAAAGGCUAGAGAGAGAAGAGCUGAAAAGAAAGGCAGAAGAAGAGAGGGUUCGGCUGGAGGAAGAGGCCCGUAAAAGAGAAGAAGAAAGAAAGCGUGAGGAGGAAGAAGCUAGGAAAAAAAUUGAAGAGGAAGCUAGAAGAAAAGCUGAAGAAGAACGUAUACUAAGGGAAAAGCAAGAAAAGGAACUACGAGCUAUGAUUGAGAUGCAGAAAGAAGCAGCAGAAGCAAAGGCCCGGGAAGCAGCUGAACAUCUGCGUCUGGAAAGGGAACAAAUUAUGCAACAGAUAGAGCAAGAAAGACUGGAGCGAAAGAAGAGAAUUGAUGAAAUAAUGAAAAGGACAAGAAAAAGUGAAACCCCAGAACUCAAGAAGGAAGACACAAAACCAAAUGUGCCAACAACUCUAAAUGUGGACAGACAGCCAAAGCCACUUGCCAUCAGUCAAGCAGAAAUGAAUGGACUGACAAACAGUAAAGAUGAUAAAGUCCUAGGAUGUGCUGUGCCUGACUCUUUCCCUCAUGAUGUAUUUUCUAAUGGACUUAAGCCACUUAUGAGCCUUAUUCAUCUUGAUGCAGUGGAUGGAAAAUCUAACAGCAUGGAUGACUCAACAGAUGAAGUUCAAUCUAUGGAUGUGAGUCCUGCUUCAAAAGAAGAACUCAUAUCUAUCCCUGAGUUUUCACCACUGAAUGAGAUGAUGCCUGGUGUUUCUUUGGACCAAAAUGGAUCAAAUAAUGGGAAGGCUCUUGAAGAACUACUAGAUUUUACUGGCCAGGCCACUUACCCCAAAUUAUCAAGUGAAAGUAUUAGCAUAGAUGAUUGUAAUAAAAAUUUGAUUGAUGGAUUUAAUAGUCCUGGACAGGAGACAACUCUCAACAGCUUUUGCUGACAAACACACUGCUAUUCAGCAAUAAGAGGACAUCGGAGAAUAUAGAACACGAUCACUGCUGCUGCCAGUAAAAUAAGAGCUUGUCAUUUUAAGAAGCUGCUGCAGUCCACACUGGAAAUCAUGAUAGUCUGCACUGAGUUUGCUGUCUUCCCACGUGUACAAGUAGUCAUUUUGGUAAAGGAUGAAAUCUUCAGUUUAAUGUGAUUUCAGGGAACAUUGGGUUUUUUGUUUUGUUGGUUUGUUUAAAAUUCAGGCUGCUAAGAAAACAUACUUCGUAAUGGACUCCAAAUGAGUCAGUUCAUUUGUUUUAAAAGCAUUUAUUUUAAAAACUUAUCAUGAAUCAUCAGGUUUUUUGGUGUCAAAUGACAUUUUGGAAUGAAACAGUGGUUCCUGUGUUUGCCAUGUGCCAUUCUUUUCUGGCUUUUUGGUUUGUUUGUUUGUUUUUUACCAAGGGAAAAACAUUGUUUUAAAUGUCUUUUAUUAUAACUAUUUUGUUAUACAUCUAUUAACCGAGAAAGCUUGAAAAAAUAUGCAAUUGCUGGAAUCCAUGAAAGAGGGUUUCUUGUAGACAGUGGAUCCAUUAAGGUUAUCCCUCAUUAAAAUAUGGCACAAAGUAUUUUAUUUGCAUUAUAUUGCUGUCAGUAACUUACUUGGCACAGAACUGUGGCUACUACUAAUAAAAUGCUAAAAGGGAUUAGUAAGAUCUUAUUACAAGGGUCUUUAAGGCAUAUUUAAUUUUAACUGUUCAUGAGAAAGACCAAUACCUUUAAUUACAUGUAUUAUAUUAUUGUAUAAGCAAAUGUAUUAUGAGGUCUACACUGAUGAUAUGUUAAUGUUCAAGAUAUAACAUCUGUUAUCAAUAUCUGGUGGUUUUCAUUCAUGGGAUUUGCAAAUAUCCUACAAUGCAGCAUUGUAUAAUCAACAGCAAACAGUAUAUAGACAUGAACAACAAGGUAUAUUGCAAGGCAUAACAAUGAGAGGUGAAAGUUUUAUUCAUGCUGCGCAAUAGCCUAUUAGCCUCUCUUACUCUACAAACACAUGUGUAAAGAAAUCUCUUACUGAGAGUGCAUAGACAUUCUACAACUUGUACAAAGGGCAUGGUCCAGCCCAGUUAAGUGUUUUAAGUUCUGUUGAUUUGAGUGGGAAACUUGAACAUUUAAGAUUUCUUGCAUUAAGGUCAAUGGCCCUUAAACGUAUUGACUGAAACCUGGACUAUGCACAAAGAAUUUCAACUUUUGCUGAACUCUUUUAUGCUGUAUUCUGUGCUGCCUGGAGGACAAUUUUGUCCCAUUCUUUACAACAAAGACAAUUCUGUUGACGCUAAUGAAACCGGAAACUUUUAUAUGUAGGGGUGUGUUAAAAUGUCAUGUAGCUCUCUGUUCAUGUGACUCUAAGAAUGGCCCCUGUUGAAAAGUUAAAAUAGUUAAUGAAACAAUGUGGUUAUAUAUACACAAAUGCUUACAAUAUUUAUGUUGAUGUAUUUCAGCAAAAAUGAGUCCGUUGGUGACUGUGCAGUAUGUUGUAGCAUGGUAUAGUGUCUUCCAAGUUAAUUCUGACGUUUCCCUCCUAAACAAUAAAAAAAAAACUAAAAUGA